CCGGGGGUUAGUGGGGAGCGUCUGUAGGAGCCGCCGGGAAGGGAGCGGGAAGACCCAGUGGAGGGUGUGUCGGAGCCUCCGCGCUUCCAGCCCAUCAUCUCGAAAUGCAUCGUGAUUCCUGUCCCUUGGAUUGUAAGGUUUAUGUAGGUAAUCUAGGAAACAAUGGUAACAAAACUGAAUUGGAACGAGCUUUUGGCUACUAUGGACCACUCCGCAGUGUGUGGGUUGCUAGAAACCCUCCCGGCUUUGCCUUCGUUGAGUUUGAAGAUCCCCGGGAUGCAGCUGAUGCAGUUCGAGAGCUAGAUGGGAGGACUCUGUGUGGCUGUCGUGUAAGGGUGGAACUCUCGAAUGGAGAAAAGAGAAGUAGAAAUCGUGGUCCACCUCCUUCUUGGGGUCGUCGCCCUCGAGAUGAUUAUCGGAGAAGGAGUCCUCCACCUCGCCGCAGAUCUCCAAGACGAAGAAGCUUCUCCCGCAGCCGGAGCAGGUCACUUUCUAGAGACAGGAGGAGAGAGAGAUCACUGUCUCGUGAGAGAAAUCACAAGCCGUCUCGAUCCUUCUCUAGGUCUCGGAGCCGAUCUAGGUCAAAUGAAAGAAAAUAGAAGACCAGUUCACACAAGGAGUGGUGUACAGGAAAUAACUUCAUUUGACAGGAGUAUGUACAGAAAAUUCAAGUUUUGUUUGAGACUUCAUAAGCUUGGUGCAUUUUUAAGAUGUUUUAGCUGGCUACAUUUGUCUCUUGGAACAGUGCCGCAUAAAGAUGAUAACUAUGGUUUGAAAUGGAUCAUAGAGGCAUUCUAUCAAGAAUUGUUACUCUACAAUGUUCCCUUAAGCAGAAUUGAAUUUGCCUUGAACUCAAAUUUAGUCUUUAUGUAUAGACUGACAAUCUAAAUUUUGCCUGGUAAAGGACAGUAGGGUAGGGAAGUAACUGGUAAAAAUUGAUCCCUGGCUUGUUUACCAUUAGCUGGGAUAGUGUAGGUUAAAAAUAAAUGGUCUAAAAGCUGUACCAUUAUAAACUAGAGGGUUCCCCCAUUUUAAAAUUCUAAAUCUAGUACUCACCAGGUGGAGGAUGAUUAUUGGUGUGGGUUCUAAAAUUUUUCAAGCAUUGCUUUAGGUCCUGAGUUGUUCGAAGUUACAUAUGAAUACAUAGGUCUUCAUAACUAUUUGGAAAAUUGAGACUAUUUAAGAUCCCAACCGUAUGCCAGUUUAAGGGUACAUUGUAGAGCUGAGCUGAACUUUUAAGUUACUGUGCAAGAAUUUUUUUUCAUGCUGUCAUUUGUAAUGUUUUGUGAGAUUCCUUGGGAUUAAAGUUUUGGUUACAAAUUGUUGUUUAACUUGAAAGCUUGUUUUUCCUUGCAAAUCUUAAGUACCGAGUCCAGGUAUAACAUUCCUAUCGGAAGCCAUACUUAUAUUUUCUUGUAAAGUGCUUUUGAAUUAAUAAAAUAAUAGCAUAAUUGUAAUAGUUGAAGCCACUAUUACCAUAGUUUUUGUCCACCAUGGGAAACAGUUGGUUACACAAAUCUUGUGAGAAACAUGAGACGACUUUGAGGUCAUUUUCCAACUAACACCUAGUAGUUGCCAAUUUUCAGGUAUAGUAGCAAGUUUUCAAAGUCAGUAAUAAUUUUGUGACCAACAUUUUCAAGUUAUAGUGGUUCAGAGUUGCCCAUUAAAAAUGGCUUUUAUUAUGAGCAUGAAAACUUGACACAAAGCUUUAAAAUUGCUUCCAUUUCAUAAUUUGAGGUGUUGCAUGAAAAUUCUAAAUUGAUCCAUCAUGAUGUAAAAAUUCAUUAUGGUUUAAAUGUGUAAACAGUAAAGAAUGAAUAUGGAGGCAUGUAUAAUCUUCCUCUUAAAAAUACAGAGGAGUUGUAAUUUAAUUUUGUUCUAUUAGAUUAAAUCAUAAUGCAACAGUUGUGGCUUAGUUUCCGUAAACGUGUUUUUGAAGAUAGUUUUGGAUUGUGCUGAUCUGUCUUAUGAAAGAUGAGUACAUUGAGUUCGAUUUAAAAGAUGUAGGCCCUAAAUAAAAUGUUUUUGAUGAUUCUUAA